AUGUACACCUCUUCCCAGCACGUGCCGGAGAGGAAUCAGGAUGCGACCAUCUAUGUCGGGAACAUCACUGAGAAGUGCACGGAGGAGAUCCUGUGGGAGCUGUUCCUGCAGGCAGGGCCUGUCGUGAAUGUGCACAUACCCAGGGACAAAGUCACUACCGUGCACUCCGGCUUCGGGUUUGUUGAGUUCAGGUCGGAGGAAGAUGCCGAAUACGCGAUCAAGAUUAUGAACAUGAUAAAGCUACACGGACAGCCGCUGCGACUGAACAAGAAAGCCAGCGGAGAGAUCAAAGUGCUCGAUGUUGGGGCGAACCUUUUCAUCGGAAAUUUGGAGCCCGAGGUAGAUGAGAAGCUCCUGUACGAUACGUUCUCUGCUUUCGGCGUGAUCGUGGGCAACACGCCCAAGUGUAUGCGCGACCCUGAGACCGGGCAGUCGAAGGGGUUUGCGUUUGUCAACUACGAUUGUUUCGAAGCUGCUGAUAUGGCGAUCGAGGCGAUGAACGGACAAUAUCUGUGCGGUAGACCGAUCUCAGUGCAGUACGCAUACAAGAAGGACGGGUCGAAGGGCGAGCGGCACGGAAGGUGGGAGAGAAGGAAGAUGGGGGAGGAGAAGGCAGAGGAGAGAUGCUGA